CCGGAAGUUCUGGGGCGGAAGUGGCCGCGGGCUGGUGGGGGCGGACGAACGGGCCGCGGGGGCAGGACCCCCAGACAUGAGGUUGGCAGUAUCUCUUGUGAACCUAAAAAUAUGACUUUUUGCCUACUGCACCAAAACUCCUAAAUAUUUCAUCUGCCAUUUGGACACUUGACUUCAAUUGCAAUGCAACAAGCUUUAGAACUGGCAUUGGAUCGUGCAGAGUAUGUCAUUGAAAGUGCCCGUCAGAGACCUCCCAAACGAAAAUAUUUAUCCGGUGGAAGAAAAUCAGUAUUUCAAAAACUAUAUGACUUGUAUAUAGAAGAAUGUGAAAAAGAGCCUGAAAUAAAGCAGAAGCUGAGGCGAAAUGUGAACUUACUUGAGAAGCUGGUUAUGCAGGAGACGUUGUCAUGUCUGGUAGUGAACCUCUAUCCAGGGAAUGAGGGUUAUUCGCUGAUGCUCAGGGGAAAAAAUGGAUCAGAUUCUGAGACCAUUCGAAUGCCUUAUGAGGAAGGUGAACUCCUUGAAUAUUUGGAUGCAGAGGAGCUGCCACCUAUUUUGGUUGACCUUUUAGAAAAAUCUCAGGUUAAUAUUUUUCAUUGUGGGUGUGUCAUAGCAGAAAUACGUGACUACAGGCAGUCUGGUAAUAUGAAAUCUCCAACAUACCAAAGCAAACAUGUUCUUCUGCGUCCAACAAUGCAGACUUUAAUUUGUGAUGUGCAUUCUAUAACAAGCGACAACCACAAAUGGACACAGGAAGACAAACUUCUACUUGAGAGCCAGCUUAUUUUAGCUACAGCCGAGCCUUUGUGUCUUGAUCCUUCAGUAGCAGUAACCUGCACAACAAACAGACUCCUCUAUAACAAACAGAAGAUGAACACUCGCCCAAUGAAACGGUGUUUCAAGAGAUAUUCCAGGUCAUCUCCGAAUCGGCAGCAGGAUGUGGCACAUUAUCCAACUCCACCUCAGCUCAGAAUACUUGACUACUUACAGAAAAGAAAGGAAAGGAAAGGAGCCCAGCAGUAUGACCUCAAAAUUUCUAAAGCUGGGAAUUGUGUAGAUAUGUGGAAACAGAACCCUUGCUACUUGACUGCACCUUCUGAAGUUGAUGUGGAAAAAUAUGCCAAAGUGGAAAAGUCUGUCAAACCUGAUGACUCUCAACCUACUGUCUGGCCAGCACAUGAGAUAAGAGAUGAUUAUGUGUUUGAAUGUGAAGUUGGUAAUCAACUUCAGAAAACAAAACUGACCAUUUUUCAGUCCCUUGGUAAUCCGCUGUACUAUGGUAAAAUACAGACGUUCAAAGGCAGUGAGGAGAAUGAUAGCCCAGUAACUCCAUCACAGUUCCUUAUUGGUUCCAAGACUGAUGCUGAAAGGGUAGUGAACCAAUACCAGGAACUAGUUCAAAGUGAAGCUAAAUGUCCAGUGAAGAUGGUUCAUAAUUCAGGUGGAUCUGUCAACCUAAGUCAUCUUUCUCCAGGGAAGGAAAUGGAACAGCCAGAGAGUCUAUCAGGGUCCGUGCAGUCUUCAGUAUUGGGGAAAGGUGUAAAACAUCGACCUCCUCCUAUCAAACUACCUUCAAGUUCAGGAAGUAGUUCUUCAGGUAAUAUUUUUAGUCCACAGCAGUCAAGUGGCCACCUAAAAUCCCCAACUCCUCCUCCUCCUUCUAAGCCUCCCAGUCUUUCUCGGAAACAGUCUAUGGAUCUUAGUCAAGUUAGCAUGCUUUCUCCAGCUGCCAUGUCUCCUGCGAGCUCUUCACAAAGGUCUGGAACUCCUAAACCAUCUACUCCUACUCCAACCAACACCCCUUCAUCGACCCCACACCCUCCUGACGCUCAGAGCUCAACUCCUAUUACCCCUUCUGCCACCCCUACUCCCCAAGAUUCAGGCUUCACCCCUCAGCCCACUUUGUUAACCCCGUUUGCUCAGCAGCAAAUGUCUCUGAGCCAGGCAUUGCCUGUAAUGACCAUUCCUCUUUCCACCAUGGUAACAUCCAUUACUACAGGAACCACCUCCACCCAGGUCAUGGCAAACCCUGCAGGACUUAACUUCAUCAAUGUAGUGGGCUCUGUGUGUGGAGCACAGACAUUGAUGAGUGGCCCAAACCCUAUGCUGGGGUGUAAUACUGGUGCCAUAACCCCUGCAGGUAUAAAUCUGAGUGGCAUUUUGCCAUCAGGAGGUCUGAUGCCAAGUUCACUGCCAGGUGCAAUGCAGUCUGCCUCUCAAGCAGGCAGCCCUUUUGGUUUAAAAAAUGCUUCAGGUCUUCGGCCCUUAAAUCUGCUACAGCUUCCUGGUGGUUCACUUAUUUUCAACCCACUUCAGCAGCAGCAGCAGCAGCAGCAGCAGCUCUCACAGUUCUCUCCACAGCAGCAGUCCCAGCAGCCUGCAGCCUCUAGUCCACAGCAACAGGGAGAACAGGUGUGCCAGUUACCCUCAAUUGCUGAGCAAUGUCCAGCCAAUCAAGACCAAGCCUUAUCUGCCCAGCAAGCCGCUGUUAUUAACCUGACUGGAGUAGGGAGCUUUAUGCAACCUCAAGCAGCAGUGUUGUCUCAGCUUGGCUCUGCCGUGAACAGACGUGGGCAAAGCCUUCCUCAGCAGAGACUCCAGCUCUCCUCUGCCUUACAGCAGCAACAACAACAACAAGCCUUGCAGCAGCAGCAGCAACAGAUACAACAGUUGCGAUUCUUGCAGCAUCAAAUGGCUAUGGCAGCAGCAGCAGCACAAGCAACUCAGCUACGACACCAGCAACGUUCAGGCAGCCAGUCCAAAAGUAAAAGGAAAAGAGGCUCACCGACCCCUCCGAAGUCCUGAGUCUUGGGGGGUUUAUAUUUAAAAAAAAAUAAACGCAGAGGUGAUUUUUAAAACUUUUCUUUUUUUAAAGAAAGCUCAAAAUAAAAAUUUUUUAAAAAAUCAGUGUUUGAAAUGGCUGAUGGGAAAAUGAAUUUUUGAAGUAAUGCUGAUAUGUAUAAACUGUAUCGGGAAUCCAACUCUAUGGAGAAUAGGAAUUUCAUUUAACAAAAAGCUAGGGUUUGGUUUCUGCAAGUCACUUCAUAUUUUUAACAAGAUUUUUACCAUGUAUUUUUUACCAUUCAGCAGCACUGUACAUGGUAUAAGGGUGAUACAUUUUAGAAAGAUGAACUUUGUAAAUGUAGUAUUGAUAUCUGUUUAUUUAGUAUAAAAGGUUGGUGAACACUCUAACAAAUACAGUUUUUACAAAUCCA